AUGGAGUGUUUACAGUUAUUGCUUACUUUGGGAAAACACAUCUGUUGUGUAUAAAUAAAUAGUAUAGGGAGUAUGGACGACUCAGCUCUCACAAAUCUAGCAAUUGCAGAGCUUAUGUGCGGAUCGCCACGUCAAGAUUCCAAUGUAUGUCAUGUGCCACAAGAGCGCAAAAUAAAUCCGCUGGGUAAACCAAACAAAAAGUUCCUAGGACGAACAAUAAACAGUGCGAUACGACAUAACAAAUGGUCAGUUGAGCGCACUCGGGCGAACUGUCAACAAAAAAUUCGGGAAUUAGACUACAGACACGAAAGACGCAAAGGAAAUGUCUUUUAUAAACGAUGCAUCAGGGAAGAACUCGCUGGAUCUAGGGGACGUAAAAGUUGCCACAGUAACAAUCUCAAACAAAGACGCAGUAGCAGAAGCUCGUCUAGAGAAUACCGCUGUCGCAGCAAAGGUCACAAAAAGAAACACAGGAAAAUCAAGAAGAAAUCUAAGCGAAGACAUCAUAGAAGAAGCACUAGUAGUGAACUAGCAGUCCCAUCACCUGAGAAAUUAUCAAAUCCUACAUCCGACGUUGUCAAUUCUAAAAAUUUAGCUCUAGCAGUGGCAAUGGCUUACAGUCGACAUCUAUAUCUAACACCCGAUAAUAGGCAACUUCCAUCCGCCACGCCGUCGACUGACAUUGUUAAGGAGCUAAGGUUGGAUGAUGAAACGCUCAAACAGGAUAUCCAGUUUGAUGAACUAUCUGUAGCUUCUUCAUGUGAUGAAAUUCCAGCCAUUCUUACGAUCGAUGUGAGUUCCCAAGAUGAGCAAUCAGACGGGUGUGAGCGCUAUGAUGGCGAAAGUGAAUCGGACAACUCCAGCUGCAUAAAUCUAACUAUCGUCGAUAGCGAAAGUGAUAUAGAAAUAAUUGAGAGUAAUGUGGAGCAGACAAAAGAAGAACGCUUCGCAUCAUCUAUGGAGGUAACGCACUCGUCAGAUUUACGAUAUACCGCCGAUAUUGCUCUUACAGUGGAUUUGACUGAUGAUUAGAU